AGCGGGAGCCUGAACCCGUUACACCUUGAUCAUCCACUCCGGUCACACUGACUGACACUGCCGUCUAUGGCUUGCAGUGCCUCUGUUCAACCUCUGUUCAACCUCAGGCUCUCACAGUCACACCCAACUCGCCGAACAAAGCCAUUACAAGCACUCAUCUCUUACACCCAAAUUAGCACACAAUCAUGUUCAACUUGUAACACCCAUUUCAAGGCCAAAUUUCCCAUGUUCUCAAAAUUACCUUUGCUUUCUGGCCGUCGACCCCGAUUCCAUGUGGGAGUACAGAAAGAGUAUGCUUCUGGGGAAGAGGAUGACACGCUUGCCUCUGACGCAACGUAUCAGGAGCAUUUUGCUUGGUCUUCUGUGAUUCUGCCGUUUUUGUUCCCAGCCUUGGGAGGUUUGUUAUUUGGGUAUGACAUCGGUGCCACCUCUGGUGCUACCAUCUCAUUGCAGUCACCUGAGCUCAGUGGAACAACUUGGUUCAACUUUUCGGCUGUUCAGCUUGGACUUGUGGUCAGUGGUUCUCUUUAUGGAGCUCUUUUUGGUUCUCUUCUUGUCUACCCAAUUGCAGACUUCCUUGGGAGGAGGCGAGAGCUUAUCAUAGCAGCUGUGCUAUAUGCUCUUGGUGGUCUGAUCACGGCCUAUGCUCCUGGCCUUGGUGUCCUUUUAGCAGGAAGGCUGCUCUAUGGCCUCGGUAUUGGUUUGGCCAUGCAUGGGGCUCCUCUCUAUAUCGCAGAAACUUGCCCAUCUCAGAUUCGUGGAACUCUAGUAUCUUUGAAGGAACUCUUCAUAGUUCUGGGGAUUCUGUUGGGUUAUUUUGUUGGAAGCUUUCAGAUUGAUGUAGUGGGUGGGUGGCGUUACAUGUUUGGAGUUAGUGCACCAAUUGCUUUAAUUAUGGGACUAGGCAUGUGGAGUCUUCCACCAUCUCCCCGCUGGUUACUUCUUAGGGCUGUACAAGGUAAAGGCUCUGUACAAGAUUACAAAGAGAAAGCCAUUGUUGCCCUGAGCAAACUAAGGGGCCGUCGUCCUGGUGACAAAUUGUCUGAGAGGCAAAUAGAAGACACCUUUGUCUCAUUGAAAUAUGCAUAUGCGGAUCAGGAAUCUGAGGGCAGUUUCUUGGAGGUCUUUCAAGGCCCAAGUUUGAAAGCCUUUCUAAUUGGUGGAGGUUUGGUCCUUUUUCAACAGAUAACUGGGCAACCAAGUGUUCUAUAUUAUGCAGGUCCAAUACUUCAGACUGCUGGGUUCUCCGCUGCCUCUGAUGCUACCCGAGUUUCAGUUGUAAUUGGUGUGUUCAAAUUACUGAUGACAUGGAUAGCUAUCCUGAAAGUAGAUAAUCUUGGGAGAAGACCCCUGCUAAUUGGAGGUGUCAGCGGCAUGGCUAUUUCUUUAUUUCUGCUUUCUGCUUAUUAUAAGUUUCUUGGAGGGUUUCCUUUUGUUGCUGUAGCUGGUCUUCUUCUCUAUGUUGGUUGCUACCAGAUAUCAUUUGGGCCGAUCAGUUGGCUUAUGGUGUCGGAGAUAUUCCCACUUCGGACAAGAGGGCGAGGGAUCAGUCUUGCAGUUCUUACUAACUUUGGUUCAAAUGCCAUUGUGACCUUUGCUUUCUUACCAUUGAAGGAGAUUCUAGGAGCGGAAAACCUCUUCCUUCUUUUUGGGGCUAUUGCUUUGUUGUCACUUUUGUUUGUAUUGCUCGUUGUCCCAGAGACCAAAGGUUUGAGCUUGGAAGAGAUCGAGUCCAAAAUUUCUAAGUGAAAGCUCGUAUCUGUCGAAAUGAUUAGUUGAGCUUCCAAUACGCCAAGAUUUUGGUUAGUCUGUACACUUGUAUCCUGGCAUAGCAUUGGAAGAUCAUCUGGUUGAAACUUCAUCAACCUAUCUGUCUUACCAUUUCAUGAAAGCAAUCUUGUUGUUGUACAUUAAUGAAGCUCAUCAAGAUAUAAGUUGCAACUUCAGGUAAUGGCUUUUCAGCUAGAAUACUAUUGGGCUUUCCGUUAA